AUGGAACCGCACCCAUCACCCGACCCAAGACCCGCCGAACCAGCCAUGCCGCAGCCCGAGGAGAGAGAGGACAUUAACCAAUUCUUCAUGGACGGAGAUGAAGAUAACGAAAUUAACGAAGAACUAAUUAACGACAAUAACGACCCUACUAACGACGAUACUAACGAGUCCCACGAAGAAGAGGGGCCUGCGGAGCCCCGUUACUACUUGUAA